UCCUCGCCGGGAGCCCGUCGCGCCGUCGGAGCUGGGCUCGCAGCCUCUCUUGGCCUGCCGCCGCUUCCAGCGUCCCACAUCCGCCCGUCGCGGGUCAGCGGCUCUCGAGCGCGCGCGAAGGCGCAAGGGAGGACCGCGGCAAGCGCCGUCCAGUCCCGGGCGCAGGCAUAGCUGGUGAGGGGCGAAGCCCGGGGACGCCAAGGUGGCCACCAUGGUGGCCACGUGCCUGCAGGUAGUGGGCUUCGUCACGAGCUUCGUGGGUUGGAUCGGCAUCAUCGUCACCACGUCCACCAAUGACUGGGUGGUGACCUGCGGCUACACCAUCCCCACCUGCCGCAAGCUGGACGAACUGGGCUCCAAGGGGCUGUGGGCAGACUGCGUCAUGGCCACGGGGCUGUACCACUGCAAGCCCCUGGUGGACAUCCUCAUCCUGCCGGGCUACGUGCAGGCUUGCCGAGCCCUGAUGAUUGCCGCUUCAGUUCUGGGCCUGCCGGCCAUUCUGCUGCUGCUGACCGUUCUCCCCUGCAUCCGAAUGGGCCAUGAGCCUGGUGUGGCCAAGUACAGGCGGGCACAGCUGGCUGGCGUUAUGCUCAUUCUGCUAGCUCUCUGUGCCAUGGUUGCCACCAUCUGGUUUCCUGUGUGCGCCCACCGUGAGACCACCAUCGUGAGCUUCGGCUACUCCCUAUAUGCAGGCUGGAUCGGCGCCGUGCUGUGCCUCGUGGGUGGCUGUGUCAUCGUCUGCUGCGCUGGAGACGCCCAGGCUUUUGGUGAAAACCGUUUCUACUACUCUUCGGGCUCCAGCUCCCCGACUCAUGCCAAGAGUGCUCACGUAUAAGAGGGCUGCUAGCCUGCCCCCGGAGGUGCUGCCGAUACUGGGUCCACCGCCCUCAGUUUGCUUGCCAUAGGCGGGGGAAGCCCACUCCGCUGCCAAAAGCCAAAGGUCCAGAAAAGCAUCCUGUCUGGCAUCUUUUAGUCUUAACACCCUGCUCCCCAUUUAUUGCCUUAAAAGAAAUCUUUAUAUCAGAAAAUGCCCACACACUUUUCUCACAGUUUUGCCCACUAUUAGCUCUUUUCUUGGGCACUACUGUGUUGUUUACCAGUAUGUAUACAUAUAUGUAUAUGUAUAUGUAUUUUCCUCUCUCUCUUUUAAUUUUAAAUAUCUUGCAAACAUUGCUGAGGUGGGUGCGGGGAGAGAAAUGAAAGACACUUUUCAAACUGUUACAGAUGACAAUGGGAGCUUCAUAAAGAUGCCUCUCUGUUGGCUCCCUCCUCUUCAGCUCCAAGGUCAUUUAGUUAUAACCGAUAGAAAAAAAUAGAACUGGGGACCCGGGUGGGGAGGGAAGGGAUUGUGGAACUUUCCCUCCAUGGGAAACUUUCCCUUUUGUAAGUGGAGGGCAAGGGGUGGGGAUAUUUUUUAGUUUGUGAUUUUACAUUUAUCUGUACAUACUUUUUCAAGUAAGUUUGAUCAUUUUUAUAACCAUGGUUUUCCUGAAAUUUUCAAUUCAUCAGUAUGAAGGAAAUGAACCGAAUAGACUUUAAUUAUGUGAUAAAUAACAGUACAAGUAAAUAUAACUGUGACUGACAUUCCACAAAACAUUUUUGGUUUCCAGGUUUGGAUGGUGUAGUUUUUAAUCCUACCUUUGUGUGUGCUUCAAAUUAAUGCAUUUUUAAAGCUUUUCCCCCAUUCUCUAUUUUCAUUUUAUUAGUCAUCUUCAAGGGAUAUUGUUUAACAUAAAUUGUGCUGUUGAAUUUGGCUUUAUGGGUGUAAACACUGAUAGUGUAUCAGUAUCUGAGACCCACAACUCUUCAAACAUUGAUGGUGCAUUUUGUUCUUUAAGUGAAAUCCGUGCAAUAAAAUAACAGACUGUCUGCAAAAGUG